UCACUCUCACUCAUUCACAAUUUCACACUUCCAACAACUGCUCUCUCAGAUUCGCUUUCUUAUUCAAACUUUCUUCUCUCCGCUAUUUGCUUAUUAGCUAAUUUUCUCAGUUAGAUUUGCAAAAGCUCCGAUGGCUCUUGAAGCUCUCAACUCUCCGACCACCGCUACCCCUUCGUUUCACUACGACGACGCUAACCUCCACAACCUUGAGCCAUGGGCCAAGCGCAAGCGUUCCAAGCGUUCUCGCCUCGACCAUACUCCUACAGAGGAAGAAUACCUGGCUCUCUGCCUUAUCAUGCUCGCUCGCGGUGGAGCUGCUGCUACUACUAACUCCUUCGCCGCCUCACAGCGCCAUCAGUCCCCUAGCCCUGCUCCACAACCAGAGGCUGCAACUUCGGCAACGAAGCUUAGCUACAAGUGCUCUGUCUGCAACAAGGCCUUCCCUUCUUACCAGGCUCUUGGUGGACACAAGGCCAGCCACAGGAAAGGCAACGGAGGCGGCGGCGAAGAUCAAUCCACUUCCUCCACCACGACUACCUCCGCAACCACCGGCGCUGUCUCUAACGGUACGGGUAGGUCCCACGAGUGCUCAAUCUGCCACAAGAGUUUUCCUAGUGGUCAGGCCCUGGGCGGUCACAAGCGGUGUCACUACGAAGGCGGUGCUAGCGGCGGCGGUGCCACCACUAGCGCCGUAACUUCCUCCGAAGGUGUGGGUUCCACAACCCACACCAACAGCCAGAACCAUAGUCACCGCGACUUUGACCUUAACCUCCCUGCCUUACCAGAAUUCUCCCGCGGUUUCUUCAUCUCUGGGGACGACGAAGUCGAAAGCCCUCUGCCGACGAAGAAGCCUCGCCUUUCGGUGACCCCGAAAACCGAAGUUCCUGAACACCACUAAAAAUUACCUCUCUUCCCUAGCUUACGAUUUGUUUUAGAAAAGAAUUGAAUUGAUGUGUUUUUCUUUUAUCGGAUGAGAGUCCAAUUUUUUGUGUACAUACAAGUCGAUUUGUUCUCAAAUUGCUAAAUUGUGGUAGUUGAAAUUCAUUUGAUUAAUUUUUUUUUUCUUUUUCAAUUUUAGAAUUAAAUUAAUAAAAUAGUUUUUAUUUUUAA